ACUUCCGGCAAAAACACAUGGUAGAAUUUGGUUGGAGAUGAUAUGACAGCAGUGUAAACAGCGUUGUUUAACGGUACCUAACAGCUUAAAACUUUGAUACCAUGCCUAAGAAAAAGACAGGAGCAAGGAAAAAGGCCGAAAAACAGAAGGAGAGACAGAGGGGUAUAAGAAAUGCCCAGUUCGAAAGACCGUUGGCAGAUAGGCCAUGUAAUCAGUUAAUGGAAUGUGACCACUGCAAAAGGAGUCAGAAGUCGAGGGCUUUCUGUUACUUCUGUGGCUCACUUCAGAGGUUGCCUGUAUGCGGAGCGUGUGGGAAGACCAAGUGUAUGAUGAAGUCGAGUGACUGUGUGAUCAAGCAUGCUGGCACGUACACCACAGGGAUGGCCAUGGUGGGUGCAAUCUGUGAUUUCUGUGAGACGUGGAUCUGCCACGGUCGGAAGUGUCUACAGACUCACGCCUGUAUCUGCCCCCUCACAGAAGCAGACUGUAUAGAGUGUAGGAGAGGCGUCUAUGAUCAUGGUGGUCGAAUAUUUAGGUGUUCAUUCUGUCACAAUUUCCUGUGUGAGGAUGACCAAUUUGAACACCAGGCUAGCUGCCAAACCCUGGAGUCCGAAAACUAUAAAUGUCUUUCUUGUAACAAGCUGGGCCAGUUUUCCUGUUUACGGUGUAAGACUUGCUACUGUGAUGACCAUGUGAGAAGGAAAGGCUUCAAGUACCCCAAGGGUCAGGCCAUACCCUGCCCCAAGUGUGGCUACGAGACCGCGGAAACCAAGGAGCUGUGCAUGUCCACGCGUCGCUAUGUGUACGGCCGGCAGCAGGAAGAUGAUGGAGAUGGGGGCUACGGUGGCUAUGGGGCCUCAGGGUUCUCCUUUGGUGGCUACGGCAUCAGCAGUUCGGGGGGGUACGACCAAGACGAUGAUGAUGAUGAUGAAGACUAUGAAGACGACGAUGAUGACGAAGAUGAUGAUGAUGAUGAGGAAGAUGAAGACGAAGAUGAUGAGAAAGUUGCCAAGGGUAUUGAAAAGCUAAAUGUCAAAGAAUGAACUGUCAGUCAUAGUGACAGGACUGACAACAUCACUCAACACCCAGAAACCAUUAUUUUACCAAAGUUUGGAAGUGAAUGAGACUUUGACUUAAACUGAAAGUCUUGCCUCAAUUGGCAAAAAACGAGUGAGUGAGUGAGUAUGGUUUUACGCCGCUUUUAGCAAUAUUCCAGCAAUAUCACAGCGGGGGUCACCAGAAAUGGGCUUCACACAUUGUACCCAUGUCGGAAAUCGAACCCGGGUCUUCGGUGUGACGAGCGAACGCUUGCAAAAAAGAAACAUCACCGACAAACUAAUGAACGAAACAGGUCGAGGUGGAUACUGAUUAGUGAGAAGACAUUUAGCAAAGACAGAUCAGCUGUGUGACUUGAUUACAUAGGAUUCAUGUAAAUAACACUGUGGAAUAACACUGCAAUAGGAAAGAAGAAUCCCAGUGAUGGGGAAUUCAUGUUGACUGAAACAUACUUAAACACUGUGAUCGAGAUACUAUGAAGACAAAGUACAAAAUAAAACAUGCUUCUGA